AUGGCUCCUCCCAAACCACCCAACCCACCCAACAAAGAAAUUAUUGAUGAGGCCAUUGCAACAGCUGUGCAAACCUCACGCCUCCACCUUGAUGCUGCCAUACAGGAAACGCAGCAGCAACUGGAUGAGCGUUUCCACAUGACUCAUGAUGAGCUACAGCAACUCCGCUCCCGUAUGGAUCAUGAAUCCUCUCUUGACACUCAGCGGUAUGACUCUCUCGUGGCACUGUUACAGUCGCUGCAGAUUCCACGUGAAGUUCUUUCUGUUUCUGCUCAAUCUGAGGUCACUCCAUCAGGUAUGACUCAUCACCCUUCUUCCCCUUCACCAUCAUUCUCACAACCUGUUACCCUAAUGACUACCCCUGUUCAUACUCCCAUUCACUAUUCUGCCCCCCUUUCUUUUGCCCCAACCCAUACCUCUAUUCCACAUCUCCCACCCCAUCUCACAGCAGCCCCGCCGCCACCCCCUUUUCCUCCUUACUCCUCUUUCAUUCCGCCACCCUCCCCCUUCCUCACAACCCAGCCCCCACAGCUUCCUUUUACCCCCCAAACCCCAUACCCACAACUAAACCAAAUUCCCCCUUUACCAAAUUUUAGAUCCCCUAAGCUUGAGCUUGCUCCUUUUGAUGGAACAAACCCAUUAGAAUGGUUAUUUCAAGCUGAUCAAUAUUUUGGUUUUUACAACUUACCACCAGAACAUAGAUUAGCCAUGAUUUCAUUUUAUUUAAAGGGUGAUGCAUUGGGUUGGUUUAAAUGA